AUGGUCCACACUUUCUAUGACGGAACCAUCGCGGUAACCCAACACAUCCUCGGCUCACUGUCCCACUUUCUUCAACAAGCCGAGAAACACCCCAAUGCUACGGAUCUGCUCAAUGCACGUCUAUGCGAGGACAUGUAUCCAGUGACCGACCAAGUGCGCAUCGCAACCCAAUUCUCAGAAAACCUGGUCGCCCGACUGACCGGUCGGGAGCCGGUGGUCACUGAAGGCAAACCAACCACAUAUGCCGAAUGCUACGAGCGCAUUGAGAAAGUGCUUAAAGCUCUCGGCGAGGCUGACAAGGACGUUGUCAACCAGCACGCCGAUAAGCUUAAGCUCACUCAAAUGGGCCCCGAGAAUGCGGCGGAAAUCAGCGGUGCUGUUUAUGCCCAUACCAUUGCUUUGCCAAAUAUUUACUUCCAUCUUACUACCGCGUAUGGCAUUUUGCGGAAAGAGGGGGUGUCGUUGGGUAAACGGGACUAUUAUGUCGGUUUUUUUUCUCGGGGAUCCGCUUAA